AUGCUGGCGCUGCUGGCCGCCGGCCUGGCGCUCGCCGUGGCCACCAGGGCCCAGGACAGCCCGGUGCCCGGCAGCCGCUUCGUGUGCACCGCGCUGCCCCCGGAGGCGACUCGCGCCGGCUGCCCGCUGCCCGCGAUGCCCAUGCAGGGCGGCGCGCUGAGCCCCGAGGAGGAGCUGCGGGCCGCGGUGCUGCAGCUGCGCGAGACCGUCGUGCAGCAGAAGGAGACGCUGGGCGCGCAGCGCGAGGCCAUCCGCGAGCUCACGGGCAAGCUGGCGCGCUGCGAGGGGCUGGCAAGCGGCAAGGCGCGGGGCGCGGGGGCCACGGGCAAGGACACUAUGGGCGACCUGCCGCGGGACCCCGGCCACGUCGUGGAGCAGCUCAGCCGUUCGCUACAGACCCUUAAGGACCGCCUGGAGAGCCUCGAGCACCAGCUCCGAGGGAACGUGUCGAAUGCGGGGCUGCCCGGCGACUUCCGCGAGGUGCUCCAGCGGCGGCUCGGGGAGCUGGAGCGGCAGCUGCUGCGCAAGGUGGCCGAGCUGGAGGACGAGAAGUCCCUGCUUCACAACGAGACCUCGGCCCACCGGCAGAAGACCGAGAGCGCCCUGAACGCGCUGCUGCAGAGGGUGACCGAGCUGGAGCGAGGCAACAGCGCCUUCAAGUCACCGGAUGCCUUCAAAGUGUCCCUCCCCCUCCGCACAAACUACCUGUAUGGCAAGAUCAAGAAGACGCUGCCCGAGCUGUACGCCUUCACCAUCUGCCUGUGGCUGCGGUCCAGCGCCUCGCCGGGCAUCGGCACCCCGUUCUCGUACGCGGUGCCCGGGCAGGCCAACGAGAUUGUGCUGAUAGAGUGGGGCAACAACCCCAUCGAGCUGCUCGUCAACGACAAGGUCGCACAGCUGCCCCUGUUUGUCAGUGACGGCAAGUGGCACCACAUUUGUGUCACCUGGACGACGCGGGACGGCAUGUGGGAAGCUUUCCAGGAUGGGGAGAAGCUCGGUACCGGGGAGAACCUGGCCCCCUGGCACCCCAUCAAGCCAGGGGGUGUGCUGAUCCUCGGGCAGGAGCAGGACACCGUGGGGGGCAGGUUUGAUGCCACUCAGGCGUUUGUGGGCGAGCUCAGCCAGUUCAACAUAUGGGACCGUGUCCUUCGCGCGCAGGAAAUUGUCAACAUCGCCAACUGCUCCACGAACAUGCCGGGCAACAUCAUCCCGUGGGUGGACAACAACGUCGACGUGUUUGGGGGGGCAUCCAAGUGGCCCGUGGAGACAUGUGAGGAGCGUCUCCUCGACUUGUAGCCGCCUACUCCUCUGUCUGGGCAGCCGGGUAGGGCCGUUCCGGUGGAGGUUCAGGGCCAUCUACCCCCCGUUAAACUGUGUAAAACCUCUUGCCAGCGUGGGCCGGGCCCCCAAGCCCAUUCCGGGGAAUGCCUAAGACCGAGGCUGUGGCAGCAUUUGUCACCAGCUUAUUUGUUUGUUCCUUACAGAGAUUUUGUUGCUUUUGGGGGUAGUGUCAGAACCCCCUGGGAGAACAUCUGACCCCCUGCUGUGGGUGGGACUGAUGAGCGACUGUCAGCCCCCCUUCAGGACCCCUGUACAUGCUAGUGCGGCCCCAGCCCUGCCGGCCCUCUGGGGUCCUUGGUGUCCCAUGUGCGCCUUCCGUCUGUCCCCUUUAAUGGCUGUGCCACCGUCCCGCUAGAGUGUCCCUUGUGAGUGCAUCCCUGCUGGCCAUGAGCACGCAGCAAAGCAGCUACCCCUCAUCUGCACAAGGUCCUUCCCUGUGUGUCCUAUUCGCUGUGACUCUUUCCGUCUGAGCAGCGCCCCAGCUGGCAGAGGAGGAGGGCCGGCCACCCAGACUCAGCCCCCCUUCCCUGCAGCAGAGGGGCCGGCUGUGGCUCCAGAGAGGGGGCGUAGGGGGACGCAGAAUGGAGAAGGGCUGUGACCGCCUCCCCCCACCCCCGGCAUCUCUUGCUCAGACCCAUGCUUUGACUGAGUCAUCACUGGCUGUGGCUGUAAAAGGUCUCUCUUCUCAUCUCGUGCCAAAAAGUUCAGUUGCAGCUUUUACAACCAUUCUGUAUGGUUUGGAGGAUUUAUUUUUCCCCAACAAAAAAGAACAGCCAUUAGAAGAAAGCUCCCAUUUCUUGAUGUUUCGUCCCACUGUGAGAAGUGUGCUAGUUUUUAAUUCAUGUUGACUCCUAUAAGCAUCUGACUGUCUUCAUCCAGUAUUUCCCCCAGAACUUUUUAAGAAAGUGGAGGCCAUUUGAUAUUUGCUUCGUGACUCCAGGCUGUGUGAUCUACUGGACAGAGGUCGUGAUUUAUUUUAAAGAUAAAGUGAUGAAGUGGGGAAAUUUAUAAAGCUAAAUAUUAUAUAUUUUAUUUUUCAUACAUGUUUGAAGUGCAAAUCUGUGGAAAUUCCAUUUGUAGGACCACGUUGACAUGCCCAUCCCGACAUUGUAUGCUACGAGAACUCUCCUGAUGAUGGAAUUCUGAUUAAAGUGCACUGGAAGAUG